AUGUUAAAUGAUUAUUUAGAUUACGAAGAUUACGUAUUGUACAGGGAUAAAAUCCCUAAUUUCCCCGAUUAUCAAGGUAGUGAUGUAGGUAUUAAUGAUUUCCUGAGUACCCAAAGUAUUGAAAAAAAUAUAGAACAAAGUAUUUUUUCUUAUUGUAGGAUUAUAAAAAUAUAUAUUAACAAUGUUAAGGCGAAAAAAUUAAAUGACAGCUAUAAAUGUGGCAAUUUUAUUAAAUACUGGAUAAAAGCAAAAAUUGAAGAAGAACAUAAUAAUGAAUCUGAAAAUAUUUUUAAUUAUUUGAAUGAAUAUGUUAAAACUCUUAAUUCUGAUCCACAUGUAAACCAAUGUACUUUUGAAUUUGAAAGUUCUGAUGAUAAAAACUAUGAAAAAAUAGAAUAUCUUUAUAAUAUAUAUAAUGAAUAUUGGCUUAUAAUUCAUUGGAUCACAAAUAAUCAUCCUGGUGCACCAUUAUGUACUUAUAUUCCACGUUUUAUUAAUAACUAUAAUACACUCAUAAAAACCCUUAAAGUUUCUGAGGAUAAAGAUUUGCUUACUAAAUUACAUUAUAUUAGAUAUCUAUGUGAACGUAAUAAAUCGAUAUCCGAUAAAAAGUGCAGCAAGGAAUUUGACAAUGUAGAGGGUGAAAAUGGAUCCAAUGCUUAUGAAUUGUUUUGCAAGUCAUACGAAUCAUUAGAUAAAAAACAUAAUCACACGACACUUACAGAAAAUGAACUUGCACAAAGUGCCGAUUUAGAAAAUGAACUUGAAAAAAAGGGAGAUUUAGAAAAAGAUCUUGUUAUAAUUUAUGCUAGAAGUAAUACGAAUAGAAAUGUUAUAAUUACAACAGUACUCAUUUCCAUAUUAAUAGGAACAAUUUUUUUAUAUUUCUAUAAGUUUACAGAAUCAUGGAAAAAUACACGUCUUCGAAUUAAAAGAAAAAAUAGAAAGAGUAUGGAUAUGGAAGACAAACUGUGCGAAUAUAUAACGUGCAAAUAUGAGGGUGAUGAUGGAGUUCCUGAUGAAAAGGAGUAUAAUAUAAUUUAUACUUCUGCUAGAUAA